AUGGCUUCCAACACUCAGAAGACAGCAUUAAAUAUUGUAAUGGGUGCAAUGACAUUUGGAGCAGCUGGCACUCACGGGGCCAGAGUUCACGAUAUAAAGGACGUUCAGGCUAUCUUGGAAGCUUUCCGAGCACAUGGCCAUUCAGAGAUCGAUACUGCCCGUGUUUAUGGAAAUGGGACAAGUGAGGAAUAUCUCGGAAAGCUUGACCUCGAAUCCAAAGGAUUCAAGAUUCAGACUAAGCUUUACCCUUUCAAGGGCUUUGCAAACCACGAUGAAGAGGAUCUACGCAAAUUCCUUGCUCAGUCUUUGAAGGCACUUAAUGUUAAGACCUUGGACAUAUGGUACCUCCAUGGGCCUGAUCGCAGUGUCCCAUACGAGAAAACCUUGAAAGUUGUCAAUGAAUUGUACAAAGAUGGCUAUUUCAAAAAAUUUGGCAUCAGCAACUAUACUGCGUGGGAAGUAGCUGAGAUUGUCGGGAUCUGCAAGGCCAACGGUUAUGUCCAACCUACUGUUUAUCAAGGGCUCUACAAUGCAAUCCACCGUGCAGCUGAGCCGGAGCUUUUCCCGUGCCUCCGCAAAUUUGGUAUCGCGUUUUAUGAAUUCAAUCCCUGUAGAUACUGGAAGGAUCCCUACUUCAAAGGCCUAGCGUCCGUCAAGGCUGUUGCAGAUAAGCAUGGUCUGACGCUCACCGAAAUAGCGUUGCGUUGGGUAUCUCAUCACAGCGCAUUAAAAAGUGAAUAUGGAGAUUCAGUUCUUAUUGGUGCUUCAAGUGUGAAGCACAUCGAGCAGAACCUGAUUGAUCUUGAGAAGGGUCCUCUUCCGGAUGAUGUUGUUAAAGCUUUGGACGAUGUAUGGCUUGAAGUUAAGGCCAUUUCCAGUCCCUACUACCAUUAA